UCUAGUCAUAACAGUAGGGGUACGUUCAUAGAGGCAGUCUUCUCUUCCGAAGUCGCUGGGCCAAGGGCCUGAAGUCAACAUGAGAUAAAUCACAAAAUUGGCAGUUUCACUUGAUUCAAAAGAUUUGAAUGGUAGGGGAAAAUGUCAGAUCCUUCUCUGUCAGCUGAUAAUAUAAGCCAAGCUAUGGCGGAACUACCAGAUGCCUUUGAUUUCUACUUGCGUGAUGAUGUCAGCUCUCUGGGCUCCGACUCUGAGCUGAAUGGCAUGGCUCCCUACCGCAAGACGGAUCGCUACGGCUUUAUUGGAGGAAGUAGCCUCCAGAAUGGUCAAGAUCAUCUUCCUGUUGUGCUCAUCCGACGCCGUGAAACCAAAUGGUUGGAAAUGACAGCUCACUGGGAGAAAACCAUGGCCCGGCGCUACAGGAAGAUAAAGCUGCUGUGCCGAAAAGGAAUCCCUUCCUCUUUACGUGCACGUUGUUGGCCUCUGUUGUGUGGAGGACAAGCCAAAAUGGAGAGGAGCCCUGGAAAGUACCAGGAAUUGCUUGAGGUACCUGGUGAUCCUCAAUGGGUGGAGACUAUCACAAAAGACAUUCACCGCCAAUUCCCUUUCCAUGAGAUGUUCCUGUCUCCUGAAGGUCCUGGACAGCAAGGGCUGUUGCAGCUGCUGAAAGCCUACACUGUGUAUCGGCCCCAAGAAGGUUAUUGUCAAGCUCAAGGACCAGUGGGUGCCCUGCUUCUCAUGCACAUGCCACCAGAGCAAGCAUUCUGGUGCCUGGUACAGAUCUGCGACCACUAUCUGCCUGGUUACUACAGCCCCCAAAUGGAGGCGCUGGUGCUAGACAGUGAAAUUUUUACUGCGCUCCUCCAUCGCGUGUGUCCGAAGGCCUUUAAGCACUUGCAGAAACAUGGGGUGGGCCCUUUGAUGUACAUGCCCGAGUGGUUCCUGUGCCUCUUUGCCCGCACGCUGCCCUUCCCCACAGUGUUGAGAGUCUGGGAUGUCUUCCUGAGUGAAGGGGUCAAGGUGUUAUUUCGUGUUGGUCUGCUGUUAGUCCGCUUAGCCCUGGGCUCCUCCGAAAAACUACGUGGCUGUUCAGGACUGGUGGAGACACUGGAGAAGCUACGCAGCAUCCCACCUCAGUUUCUGCAAGAAGACAGCUUCAUGGCUGAGGUCCAUGAUGUGCCCAUCUCAGAGGGUGACCUGGAACGUGAAUGUAGAAUCCAACUGGGAAAACUGUGCAAAACUCAGCCGAAAUUCCAGUACAACCCAAAGCAGCGCCUUUCAGGUGCAAAGGCCAUUUUUGACGUUCAGCAACUGGAGGAUGCACAGAACAAUAAGACAGGAAAAGAAAUUCACACACACACUUUCCACAUCCCCAAAAUCAAGGUGGACCCACCCCCGUCAUCCCCAAAGGAGCAGAAGAGGGCCUCGGAGAUGCAAGGUCAGAAAAAAGAGCAGAAAAGGAAGAAGCCGGACACACGGGGAAAGACUUUCCACGCCUUUGAGCAUCCCAAGGGUAGAAGGGAGGGAAAGCUAGAACCAGAAGCCACAAGGACCAAGUCGUCUUUUUACUUGGAGGCAUGAUUCCAAAGCAUGCACACACUGAUCU